AUGCCGUUCCUUGCUCAAAAAAAGGUGCCGAUCCCUAACAAAGAUAUCCUGUCUUGGAUGUUCGACAAGCCAAGGUUCGACCAAGAGAAACCGGUUUACGUUGAUGCCAUUGAUCCGUCGAAGUCGAUUUCCGCAAAUCAAGCUCGGGUGAUCAUCCGAAAACUUGCUGCAGGCUUCCAUGCUGCUGGAGUGACCCCCGGAGACUGUGUCUGCAUUCACAGCUUCAAUAAUAUCGACUAUCCUAUGCUCUUUCUGGGCAUCAUUGCAGCAGGUGCAAUAUUCGCGGGGACCAAUCCAGCUUAUACUCACUUCGAACUUGCUCAUCACUUCAAGACAUCGCGCACCAGGUUUGUCAUCGCCGAGCCUGAGCUGUUGCAGGCUGUAGUGGCAGCAGCAAAGAAGAGAGACUGGAUUCGCUUCGAUGAUGAGCAGGUCUCCAAAAGGACGACGGCGGCGAGGCUAUUCAGCAGUGGGACUACGGGGUUGCCAAAAGCCGCAGCGCUGUCCCAUUACAAUCUUAUUGCCCAGCACACGUUGGUCAAUGAAACACAGCCGAUCCCUUACGAGCCGCGCCGCUUACUAUAUCUGCCGCUGUUCCAUGCGGCAAUGGUUCCGGUGGCCCAUGUUACACCCCUUCGAUCAGGCGACUUAUCCUACAUCCUGCGUCGUUUUGAUAUGGAGCCCUUCCUAACUUCCAUUCAAAAAUACAAACUCACUGAGAUGGUCUUCGUCCCACCAGUUGCCGUUGCUGUGUUGAAGUAUCCAUUUCUUCAUAACUAUUCCCUCAAAUCGAUCAAAGUGGUCGUCUGUGGGGCCGGCCCGCUGGACAAGGAACAUCAAAACGCACUCCAAACCAUCCUUGGCUCCGAGACGUCGUUCACUCAAGUUUGGGGCAUGACAGAGACUAGUUGUGUCGCUUCGAAGUUCUACUACCCGGAGCGAGACGAUACUGGCAGCGUUGGGCGCAUGAUGCCAAAUCUUGACGUCAAGCUCAUAGACGACAAUGGAAACGAUAUCACAGCCUUUGACGUCCCAGGAGAGUUGUGUAUACGAGGUCCAACAAUAAUAUCAGGCUAUUUCAACAGUCCACAUGCUACAAAGGAUUCAAUUGAUGGAGACGGCUACUUCAAAACAGGGGAUGUGAUGUAUUGCGACUCGAAAACAAAGAAAUGGUAUAUCAUUGAUCGGAAGAAAGAACUCAUCAAGGUAAGGGGGUUUCAAGUAGCACCAGCCGAGAUCGAGGGAGUCUUACUUUCUCAUCCACAUGUAUUGGAUGCUGCUGUGAUAGGGGUGAGGAAACAGGGCGAACCGGACGUGGAGAUGCCAAAGGCUUAUGUGGUGCGGAAGCCUGGAUCCGAUGGUGAAGCUCUGACAGAAGAGAAGUUGAAAUCUUUCUGCAGGGAGAGAUUGGCAAAGUACAAGGAGCUGUCGGGUGGGGUUUCCUUCGUCGAUUCUAUACCCCGAAAUGCAACGGGAAAGGCAUUGAAACGUAUAUUGAGGGACAUGGCGAAAGCGGAGGGUGGAAACCGUGGCAGACUCUGA